AUGAAAACGAUAGUUCUUGUUGCGUUGUUCGCCUCGCCGGCUUUGGCUUGCUUCGGUGGAGGAGGUGGUGGAUGUUGCGCAUCUCCGGCGCCUGUUGGUGGAUGUGGAGGAGCACCACCAUGUGGAGGAGGAGCCCCAAUUGGAGGAGGAUACGCCGCACCACCACCAUCAGGAGGAUAUGCUACGGCACCUGGAGGCGGUGGAGGAUAUGCAGGAGCCCCCCCACCCUCACUCUCAUCUGGAUACGCUGGAGCUGCUGCCCCGAUCGGUGGUGGUUAUGGAGGACCACCUCCAGCCCUUCCAACUGGCCCCGUCGGAGCCGGAGGAACCUACGGAACUGGAGGAGGAGCAGCAAUUCAAGGAGGAUUCCAACAAGGAUACCAAGGAGGACCACAAACCGCCCAGAUCCCACAACAAGGAGGAUACCAAGGAGGACCCCAGCAACUUCCAAUUGCUCCUCAAGCUCCACAACAACCACAAAUCCCUCAAGUUCUCCCUCAACAACCCCAGAUUCCCCAAGUUCCCCAACAGCCACAAGAGAUCCCUCAGGUCCCUCAGACUCCACAAAUCUCCACUGGAGGCGAGCAACAAAUCCCCGUUGCGCCACAAAUUGAGACCGGAAACCAACAAACUGGCGGUGAACAAGGAGGAUAUGAUGAUCAAGAACAAGGGCAACAGACAGAUCAAGGAGGAUAUGAAGAAGAAGAGGAACAAAAGACAGGAGGAGAUUAUGAAGAAGAGAAACAACCCGAACAACCACAACAGCCAGCGCCACAAGAACCACAAACACAGCCAGAACCCGCGCAGGAAGGAUACAAUCAACAAGAGACCCAACAACCAGAACAAGGACAAGAAGAGUAUCAAGAAGAGGAACCAGCACAGACAAAUAAUGCACAAGAUCAAGAUUAUCAAGAGGAGACCAACCAGGGCAACCAACCAGCUGGAGGAGAGCAGGAGUAUGAGGAGGAGCAACCCAGCCAACCCGAGGCACCCGCCGAGCAGUCUUAUCCUGCCCCAGCCCCCGCUCCACAAGAGACAGCCUAUCCAGCUCCAGCUCCCGCUGAGCCUGAGGCACCAGCUGAGCAAUCCUACCCAGCUCCAGCUCCAGCCCAAGAGAGCUAUCCAGCUCCCGCACCAGCCGAACCCGAACCAGCCGACCAAAGCUACCCAGCUCCCGCUCCUGCUGCCCCAGAGACGGACUAUCCAGCUCCAGCUCCCGCUCCAGAAGUCCCAGCUUCUCCUUCGUAUGAAGCAGAAACAGAAGCACCUGAAGCACCUCCACCACCUCCAGGACCUGCCCCACCAACAGGGGAAUACAAUGAUCAAACGCCUGCUGAAGGCCCAGCCCCAACAGGAGACACUGAUUAUAAUGAUGAGGUGAACGAGCCAGCCCCUCCACCCGCCCCAGCCGCCACCUAUCAGGCCCCAGCUCCAGCUGAGCAAAGCCCAUACAAGAGAGACACGAGACUCGGAAGAAACCCACACAGAAGAUACCUUGCCGCCAGAGCC